AUGGACUAUUUCCUGGAUUACAUGGCUGAAUGGAGGAUAACACAGCCACACCAGGACACACAGCUCAGCUAUGAGAAAUUGAACUCAUUUGAGCAGCUGUGUAUCAACUACACCAAUGAGAAGCUGCAGCAGCUGUUCAACCACACCAUGUUCAUCCUGGAGCAGGAGGAGUACCAGAGGGAGGGCAUCGAGUGGAGCUUCAUCGACUUCGGCCUGGACCUGCAGCCCUGCAUCGACCUCAUCGAAAGACCGGCCCAGCCCCCUGGUGUGCUGGCCCUAUUGGAUGAGGAGUGUUGGUUUCCGCGGGCGACAGAUCGUUCAUUUGUGGAUAAGCUGUCUGCUGAGCAGGGGACACACCCUAAAUUCUUCAAACCACGACAAAUACGACAAGAGGCCGACUUCGCCAUCAUCCACUACGCUGGGAAGGUGGACUAUAAGGCAGAUGAUUGGCUGGUGAAGAACAUGGAUCCUCUGAAUGACAACAUAGCGUCUCUCCUCCACCAGUCCUCUGAUCACUUCAUCUCUGAGCUCUGGAGAGAGGAUAUUCAGACUCUUCCUCGAGUAUAUUUCUUUGACUCCUAUGCCACACUGCAGACCAAUGUGGAGAGGCCCGUAGGGCUGGACCAGGUGUCCAACGACACCAACAGUGGCCCGGUCAACUUCGGGGCGGGGCUGAAGACUAAGAAGGGGAUGUUCAGGACCGUGGGACAGCUCUACAAGGAGUCCCUCACCAAGCUGAUGGCAACACUACGCAACACCAACCCUAACUUCCUCCGCUGUAUCAUCCCCAACCACGAGAAGAAGUCUGGUAAGCUGACUCCCCAUCUUGUUCUGGACCAGCUGAGGUGUAAUGGAGUCUUAGAGGGGAUCCGUAUCUGCAGACAGGGCUUCCCCAACCGCAUCCCCUUCCAGGAGUUCAGACAGAGGUAUGAGAUCCUGACUCCUAAUGCUAUCCCUCGUACCUUCAUGGACGGGAAGCAGGCCUGUGAACUCAUGAUCAGUGCGUUGGAGCUGGACCGUAACCUGUUCAGAGUUGGGCAGAGCAAAGUGUUCUUCAGGGCUGGAGUCUUAGGUCACCUGGAGGAGGAGAGAGACCUGAAGAUCACUGACACCAUCAUACGCUUCCAGAGCGCUGCCCGAGGAUUCCUCGCACGCAGGGCCUUCCUGAAGAAGCAGCAGCAGCUGAGUGCUAUGAGAGUGAUGCAGAGGAACUGUGCUGCCUACCUCAAACUCAGGAACUGGCAAUGGUGGAGGCUGUUUACCAAGGUGAAGCCUCUGCUGCAGGUGACUCGUCAGGACGAGGAGAUCCAGGUGAGGGAGGCGGAGCUUAAGAAUGCCAAAGACAACCUGACCAGAGUGGAACAGGACUACACUGAUCUGGACAAGAAACACAUACAGCUGAUGGAGGAGAAGGCGGUGCUGACAGACCAGCUGCAGGCGGAGGCGGAGCUGUUUGCUGAGGCGGAGGAGAUGAGGGCCAGACUGGUCAGCAGGAAGCAGGAGUUGGAGGAAAUCCUGGGGGAGCUGGAGGGACGAUUGGAGGAGGAGGAGGAGAGGGGCGUUCAGAUGACCAAUGAGAAGAAGAAGAUGCAGCAGCACGUGACGGAUCUGGAGGAGCAAUUGGAGGAGGAGGAGUCGGCCAGACAGCGCCUCCAGUUAGAGAAGGUUACCCUGGAGACCAAGGUCAAGAGUCUGGAGACAGAGAUGUUGAGCACUGGAGAACAGAGAGACCGCCUCAGCAAGGAGAAGAAGCAGCUGGAGGAGAGGUUGAAUGAGGUGACAGACUCGCUGACUGAGGAAGAGGAGAAGACCAAGAGUCUCAACAAACUGAAAAACAAACAGGAAGCAGUCAUUGCUGACCUGGAAGAUCGGUUGAAGCGUGAGGAGCAGGGUCGUCUGGAGCAGGAGAAGUGGAGGAGGAGGAUGGAGGGAGAGGCUGUGGAAGCCCAGGAGCAGCUCUCUGACCUGGGACUACUGUCCGCUGAACUCAGGGGCACCCUGGCUCAGAGAGAGAAGGAUAUCACAACCCUACAGGGGAGGUUGGAGGAGGAGGGUGCACGAAGGACUGAGGCUCAGAGGGCUCUGAGAGAGGCCAUGUCUCAGGUGUCAGAGCUGAAGGAGGAAGUGGAGAAUGAACGAGGGAUGAGAGAGAGGGCAGAGAAACAGAGGAGAGACCUGGGGGAGGAGCUGGAGGCCUUGAGGACAGAGCUGGAAGACACACUGGACACCACGGCGGCCCAGCAGGAACUCAGGUCUCGUAGAGAGGCAGAGUUGGGGGAGCUCCAGAGGUGUGUUGAGGGGGAGACGAGACGUCACGAGGCCCAGCUCUCAGAGCUCAGAGUCAAGCACUGCUCUGCCAUAGACAACCUGCAGGAACAACUGGACAACAGCAAGCGGGCCCGUCAGUCCCUAGAGAAGGCCAAGACUCUAUUAGAGGACGAGAGGGUGAGCUUGGCCUCAGAGCUGAAGUCCCUGCAGGGAGGCCGCAUGGAGAGUGAGAGGGGCCGCAAGAGGGCCGAGGGCCAACUCCAGGAGCUGACCGCACGCCUCGCACAGGCCGACAGAGAGAGGGAGGAGAGAGAGGAGCGACUGCACAAGCUACAGUCUGAGAUGGAGACCCUCUCUAGUUCUCUCUCCUCCUCUGACUCCAAAUCCCUCCGUCUCAACAAGGAGGUCAGCAGCCUGGAGAGCCAGCUCCACGACGCUCAGGGGCUACUUCAGGAUGAGACUCGUCAGAAGCUGGCUCUGGGCUCCAGGGUGAGAGCUCUGGAGGAGGAGAGGAAUGGACUGAUGGAGAGAGUGGAGGAGGAAGAGGAGAGAGCCAAGGAUCUCUCCAGGCAGAUACAGACUCACACUCAGCAGCUGGCUGAGUUGCGGAGGCAGUCGGAGGAGGUGAAUGCGGCGGUGGAGGCAGGAGAGGAGACGCGCAGGAAACUGCAGAGAGACCUAGACCAGGCCGUCCAGAGAGAACAACAGAAGGAGGAGGAGAAAGAACGCGUGGAGCGUCAGAGGGAGAGGCUGAGGGAGGAGAUAGAGGACAUGACCCUGGCCCUGCAGAGAGAGAGACAGAACUGCACCACCCUGGAGAAGAGGCAGAAGAAGUUUGACCAGUGCCUAUCAGAGGAGAAGGCGGUGAGUGCCCGGCUGGCUGAGGAGAGAGACAGGGCCGAGGCAGACAGUAGAGAGAAGGAGACACGCUCCCUGGCACUGGCACGAGCCCUGCAGGAGGCCCAAGAUCAGAGGGACGAGCUGGAGAGAUCUAACAAGCAGCUCCGCAUAGACAUGGAACAACUAGUCAAUCAACAGGAUGACGUGGGGAAGAAUGUGCAUGAGUUGGAGCGUUCCCGGCGGGCCCUGGAGACAGAGGCAGAGUCCCUGCGCACUCAGACCCAGGAGCUGGAGGAGGAGCUGGGGGAGGCGGAGAACUCCAGGCUGAGGCUUGAGGUCACCCUCCAAGCCCUCAGGGCCCAGUUUGAGAGAGAGAUCAGCACCAAGGAGGAGAAAGGAGAGGAGAAGAGGAGGUCUCUCAACAAACAGGUGAGGGAGUUGGAGACCCAGCUAGAGGAGGAGAGGAGUCAACGCUCUCAGGCCAUGUCUGUCAAGAAGCAGCUGGAGGCGGAGCUACAGGAGGCUGAGGCUCAGGUGGAGACAGCCAAUCGCGGCAGGGAGGAGGGGCUUAGGCAGCUACGGAGACUGCAGGUUCAGAUGAAGGAAGUGCUUCGUGAGCUGGAUGAGUCCAAGCUGGCCCGUGACGAGGUGGUCGUCCAAUCAAAAGACACAGAGAAGCGCCUGCAGACCUUGGAGGCGGAGUUACUGCAGCUUACAGAGGAUUUAUCAGUGUCUGAGAAGAUGAGGAGACAGGCCCAGCAGGAGAGAGAUGAGAUGGCUGAUGAGAUCGUCAACAGCUCUACCGGGAAGUCUGCUCUGUGUGAUGAGAAGCGGAGGUUGGAGGCGCGAGUCACUCAGCUGGAGGAGGAGUUGGAGGAGGAGCAAAGCAAUGCUGAACUAGUGGCCGAGAGACACAGGAAGACUACACUUCAGGUGGAGACUCUGGCGGUGCAGCUUCAGGGAGAGAGGACCCUGGGCCAGAAGGCUGAGGGGGCCAGGGAGGCUCUGGAGAGGAAUAAUAAGGAGCUGAAGCUGAAGCUGGGGGAGAUGGAGGGAGCUGUCAGGGGAAAACACAGGCUCAGUGUCGCCGCCCUGGAGGCCAAGAUGGACGGCAUGGAGGAGCAGCUGGAGCAGGAGAGACAAGAGCGGGCGAUAGCCAACAAGCUGGUGAGGAAGACAGAGAAAAAACUGAAGGAGGUGAUGAUGCAGGCGGAGGACGAGAGGAGACACGCAGACCAGUACAGAGAACAGUUGGAUAAGUCUAUGGGCCGGCUGAGGCAGCUGAAGAGGCAGCUCGAGGAGGUGGAGGAGGAUAACUCUCGUUCCAACGCCCAGAGACGUAAACUGCAGAGAGAGAUGGAGGAGCUGACUGACAGCUCCCAGAGCAUGACCCGCGAGAUCACCGCUCUACGCAGCCAUCUCAGGCGUGCUCCGAUGCCCCUUGGGAUGCGUUCAGGUCGCAGGGCGUUGGUGGAUGAUCUGUCGUGUGAGAACUCUGACUCGGAGGAGCCCCCCCCCUCCCCGACCCCUUCUUCUGGUACUGGCCCCGGCACUGGCCCCGGCACCCCCACACCCCCCUCUGAAAACAACAGUCUGGGACCCCCCCCACCAUACAGCCUCAACGACACUGAGUAA